AGUUAUUGAUCCAUACUCUCCUCCUCUCCCUCUUCACCCCUCCUCCUCCUCCCUCCCACUCCGAGUUUCUGGACCAAAGUGAGCACACCACCAGCUCAGAGUCUGCACCGCCUCAACUGUUGUGCUUCGACUCUCAGCAAAGUAUCAACUAAAAAUCUCUACACAAUCCAUUCAAGCGUGGAGGAGAGGGCAGACUUGGAGGAAAAAAAAGGUUCACAUUUUAAAAGCCAUUACUAAGGGAGCGCAGAGCUUUGCGUGAACUUUAUGGUCGCCUCCCUGAGUGGCGCGCACAGGCUGAUGCUUGGGGACCAGUGAUGUCUGCAGAAGCUGCAGCUCCAGCGCGGUGGCUCGGUGAAAAAUAAGAGAAAACGAUGAAAUCCAGGAGUCAGGAUCAGAGUCUGUCUGACUCCAGAGAGCUGGACAGAUCCUACGACGCGCUGACAGGUAACCAUCUUUCCAAACCCAACAAAAAGACAAUCAAGCAACGCUUCCUAAAACUGCUGCCCUGCUAUCAUUCCAGCUCCACUGCUUCAAUCAAUCAAACAGGAAGCAUAACUGAUGAAGGGGAGCUGUCCACUGUGUGCUACAGACCAGAGGGGCUAGACAGUCUUGUUCAACAGACUAAAUUCAGCAAAAAGGAGCUGCAGGUUCUCUACAGAGGAUUCAAAAAUGAAUGCCCCAGUGGUGUUGUUAACGAGGACACAUUUAAAAGCAUCUACUCCCAGUUCUUCCCACAGGGAGAUUCCAGUAUGUAUGCGCAUUUCCUGUUUGAAGCCUUUGACACCCACAACAACGGACUGGUUAGCUUUGAAGAUUUUGCAGUAAGUUUGUCCAUCAUUUUAAGAGGAUCAAUCACUGACAAACUCAACUGGGCCUUCAAUCUGUAUGAUCUGAACAAGGAUGGCUGCAUCACCAGAGAAGAGAUGACAGAUAUAAUGCACUCCAUCUAUAACAUGAUGGGGAAGAGUACAUAUCCCAGCAUGAGGGACAGCGCUCCAAAGGAGCAUGUCGACAGCUUCUUUCAGAAAAUGGACAAGAAUAAAGAUGGAGUGGUCACCAUUGAGGAGUUCGUGACUACAUGCCAAAAGGAUGAGAACAUCAUGCACUCAAUGCACUUAUUUGAUCAUGUGAUCUGAAUACUGAAGGACAGCAGAUCAGAGAUACCCUUCCUGCUUCAAGCUUCACUGUUAGUAAACCUAACAUCAC